AUGAGCCAGGCCUAUGCUGCUUAUGCAGCUCAGGCGGCUCAGGCGGCUGCCGCUGCCGCCCCGCGGCAGGUGGGGCAGAACACGGGACCAUGGGAUGAGCUCGCAGAUGAGCACAACACUGGCCGGCUUCAGGGGAUUUCAGGGGAUGUUGUGGGAAGUGUCCCCCACCUCUCCGUGACGGGCUGCACCCAUACCACGGUGGGGGGCAUCGUGCGCGGGAACUUCACCGCCAACGGGCAGAACCACGGGCGACCGACCUACAAGAAGGAUGCGCAGGUGAACGGCUUGGACGUGCUGUACUACUGGGACGACCGCGAUGGUGCGAGCUUCUGCGGCUGGUGGUUCGGCCCCAAGGUGGGUGGCGACCAGGUCUGGGCCUACCAUCCAUCGUCCACCGCCAUGACGCCGCCCAAGACGGGGUGGAAGGUGCCCUAUGACGGCCCGGUGGACAACAGCUUCUUGAUCUCGCCCACCACGGCCUCGCAGACGGCCCACGCCACUGGGGUUGUGAGUCGAGGCUUUUUUGAGGUGAAGCGAGACCGUUCACGGCCAGACCACGUGGUCCGUGUUCUCGUGGGGCCGACCUUCAGCGCAGCACGGAGCGCGCCUGAGGCGCGCGUGCGGCAACAGGAGGAGGUGAAGCGAAAAGCCGCGGAGCAGCGGAUGAAGAUGGAGGAGAUGACCAGGCAAAAGAUGGAGCAGGAGAAGAGGCUGGCUGAGGAGCGCAAGCGGCAGCACAACGAGCAGAGGGCCGCGAUGACCCUCCGCCACUUCCUGGCACAGAAGGAACUGGCCGAGUUGAUGGCACAACAAUUGCCCUUGUGCGGCGCCAACGCGGAGAAGGUGCAGGCCGAGUGCGCACAGGCGGUGGAGAUCACCAUGAAGCGCAUUGAGGAGGUGAAUCCGAAGCACCCCAAGGAGGAGGAGGUGCUUCUGAAACUCCAUCCGCAGCACGAAACCCCGCAGCCGCCCGCCAUGACGCGACGCGACGCCUGCUCUUCAGCUCGUUGGGCAGAGGCGGAGAAAGAGAAGAAGAGACAAGAGGAGGAGCGUUGGAUCCUCAGGACCUCCCAGGAAACAUCGAAGGUAUGGAGAGAUGGCUGGAAGCUCUGCCAGCAACCGGCGCUCUCCAUUGGGGCGCUGACCGGGAUGGGGUCGCCGCCCGAGAAGAGGGCGGGGAGCCACGCGCCACGCUUCCAUGAACGCUUGGGGAAGUUCCAGAAGGUUCUGGAUCCAGGGAUUCACUUCCUCGUACCGCUGGUGGACCGGGUGGCGUAUGCUCACUCUUUGAAAGAGGAGGCCAUUGCCAUCCCCAACCAGCAGGCAAUCACCAAGGACAAUGUGACCAUCAGCAUCGAUGGAGUCUUGUACCUCAAGGUGGUCGACGCCUACCAGGCGUCCUACGGGGUGCACGACCCCUUCUUCGCGGUGACGCAGCUGGCGCAGACCUCCAUGCGCUCGGAGAUCGGGAAGAUGACGCUGGAUCGGACGUUCGAGGAACGGGAUGCCAUGAACCAGGCGAUCGUGCACGCCGUAAACGUGGCGGCACACGCGUGGGGCAUCGAGGUGCUGCGCUACGAGAUUAGGGACAUUAUCCCGCCGCCCUCCAUCAAGCAGGCCAUGGAGAUGCAAGCCGAGGCCGAGCGCCGUCGCCGUGCGGAGGUGCUGCAGAGCGAGGGCGACCGGCAGAGCGAGGUGAACUUGGCCGAAGGCAAGAUGCAGGCGGCCAUUCACCAGGCCAAAGGCGACGCCGCCGCCAUCCGCGAGCGCGCGCGGGCCACCGCGGAGGGCAUUGAGAUGAUCAGCGCGGCGAUGCGCGUGCCGGGCGGCCCGGACGCGGCCAAGCUGCGGGUGGCAGAGCAGUGGGUCGCCGCCUGGAAGGAGAUCGCAAAGAAGUCCAACACCAUCGUCGUCCCGGCCAAUGCCGGCGACGCGUCCUCCAUGAUCGCUGCCGCAACGAGUAUCAUGAAGCAGCUGGGUGAUGGCCCUAUCUCCGACUUCCCGCCCGCGGACGCCUCGCAGAGUGCCUUCACCAAAGAGGUGCCGGAGGAGGUCAAAGGAACAGAGUAG